GUCACCCAUCAUAGAGUAGACGACUGGACCCGAACCUAAAACCACAAUAUGGAGAAAAACAGUAACAGUGAUAGGCUGAGGAUGGACAACUUCACCUCCCACACACAUUUCAUUCUCAACAGCUUCAGUGAACUCGGUGGGCUGAGGCCCGUCCUGUUCAUCCUGUUCACCAUCAUGUUCAUUGUGUCGCUGUCGGCCAACUCCCUGCUCCUUUACGUGGUCAUUUCACAGAGAAGCCUCCACUCUCCGAUGUACAUCCUCAUCGCCAGCAUGGCGUGCGUGGACCUGAGCCUCCCACUGUCCUUCGUCCCCAACAUGCUGCUGAGCUUCUUGUUUGACUGGAGGGAAGUCUCUCUGAGUGGCUGUCUGAUUCAGAUGCACUUCAUCCACUUUGUUGGAACUUUUCUUUCCACAUUUCUCUUAUGGAUGGCACUGGACCGCUACUUUGCCAUCUGUAAACCACUUUACUACCAUGAAUGCAUGGCUUUACCAAGAUUUCUGAAGUUUGUGAUUCCACUUGUGGUCAGAAACUUCCUCAUGGUCACAGCGUUUGUGAGUCUAGCAGGAACACUGUCAUUCUGCGCUUCAGAUGUGAUAAACCACUGUUUCUGUGAGCACAUGGCCUUGGUGGAGCUGGCCUGUGGAAGCACUGCAAUCAAUAACAUAGUGGGGCUGUUGUCUAUGUUCCUCAUCCCUGUAGCUGACUUCUUGUUCGUUACUGCCUCUUAUGUGGUGAUAUUCUGGUCCGUGCUGAAAUCUGGCAAAUCGAGUGUCAAAGCACUUGAUACUUGCAUCACCCACAUUGUGGUCAUCAGCCUCAACCUGAUUGCAGCACUCAUUGCUUUCCUUUCAUAUCGGAUCAGAAACAAUCUUCCUCUCUCCAUUCGGGUUUUUUUCAGCACCAUGUACCUGCUGUUUCCGAGCUGUUUGAACCCGAUCAUCUAUGGCAUCAGAACCACGGAGAUACGAAAGCACGUCCUGAAGACACUGACCUGCUGAAGCUUUGUCCAGACUGUGCCCCACUCUUAUGAAACCAAACAACAACCAAAUGUAAUGAAAAAAUAUCUGUAUUAUAAAGAAUCCCAUUUCCCUGAGCAAAACAAAAAACAGAUUGUAAGUUAGGAAGAGCAAAAAUGAAAAUGCUCAUGGUACGUAAUAAUUACACUUUACCGAUUCAGAAUGAUGAGAUAGGAGCUCGAUAUGCUCCUUUUCAGGUGUUGCCCUGUCAGUUGCGGUGCUUUGAGCACUUGAUGUGGAUGCCUCUCUGAAGGUUUCUGGGCUCACACCACCAUAAGGAGAAUCUGGGCAGAUCUAUCUCAUCCUUUUGACUCACAAAGUCAUCAUUUUGACAUGGAAAGUGAAAAUAACUUCUGACAAAUUUUGACUGGAUCUUAAAA